AUGCACGCGCUGCGGCAGGCGGGCCCAGACCCACACCCAUCGGGGCUCAACGGCGGCGGCGGCGGCGGCUGCGCCGCGUGGGAGGCGGCGGCGGCGUUCCUGUCAGAUGCGGCGGCAGCCGCCGCGCGGCGGCCGCACGAAAUCCACGAGCUCACGCAGCGGCUGAUGGACGAAGGGCAGCAGCUGCUAAGUCAGGGCGGCGGCGCCGAGGGCGCCACCAAGGGUGCUGCGGAGGGCUCAGAGGAAGCCGUGCGGCGGCCGCCGCCGGCACUGGCGGUCGCGGCGCUGAGGCAGCUGCUGCGCGUGCUGGGGUCCGCGAAGAUCGCGGCGGCGGAGCGGGCGGCGAUCUGCGGGUCGGUCUGCGGCGCAUGGGGGGCGCUGCUGGAGGUUUCAACAGAUCCAGCGGCGGCGGCGGCGGUGUUGGAGGGCCUCCUAGCAGCAGAGGCGGCCGCGCAGGCGGCGGCGCGGCGGGCGCGGGCCAGCGAGGGCGUCAGGUCAGCGUCAGGGGACGGGCGGGAGGUGGAGGGGAGCCGUGACGGCAGCAGGGACGAGGGCGACGGGCAGGGGGAGGGGAAGGGGGCGGAGCGGCGGCUGCUGCUGCCGCCAGAGGGGGCGCCGCUCGCGUCUCUGCUGGCGCGCGCACGUGCCCUGCGGGCGGCGGCCAGCGGCGGCGGCGGCGGCGCGCUGGGCGCGCACCCGGCGUGCGAGGGCGGCGGCGUGCGCAAGCGGCAGCGGCGCGCUGACGGCGGCGGCGGCGCUGCGGAACCUGGCCACUGGGCGGGCUCAGGCGUCGAGAUUUCGAUUCAGUGGCAUAAGGCAAGCAGCUCAGCAGCAGCAGUAGCAGCAGCAGCAGCAGUAGCAGCAGCAGCAGCAGUAGCAGCAGCAGCAAACGGCCACAAGCUGUCAGUUGGGCCCCCAGCGCAGCAGUGGCAGCUCCUCUCCCAGAGCCUCUUGUCAUCGGACGCGCCGGCCGCCGCGGAAGCCGCCGCGCAGCUGCUCGCGACGCCGCCCGCGCCGCACGCCGCGGCCGAGCAGGCGGCGCUGUUCGCGCUCCGCGCACACUGCCUGGCGCCGCAGGCGGCGGCGGAGCCGUCCGGCGCCGCGCAGCGGCGGUUGGUGGGGCUGUUGGAAAGCAGCGCAGACCCUGCAGACGCUUUGCUGCUGCUGCGCGCCGCACUGCACGAGUCGGCCGAAAGCGGCGCCGGUCGCACCACCAGCUGGCGUGCCGCGGCGCUGCGAGCGGCGGCGCGGCUGCCGGGCGGCGAGGGGCUGAGGCGGCUCGCGGCGUGCGCGGCGUGCUGCGCGGCGGGGCACGCGGCGGGGGCGGGGUCGGAGGCGGGGGUGCAGGCGGCGUUGCAAAUCCUCGGCGUGCUGGUUUUUGGCGGCGACUCUGAAGGGCAGGAGGCGCACAAGCAGGCGACACCCGGCGGCCCGCUGCGGCCCGAUUGGGCAGCCGCCGCCGCCAUCAUGAGACACCCGCUGCUGCAGGCACCCCUGCCAUGCGGUGGUGGCGGCGGCGGCGGCGGGAUCGCCGCCGCUGCGGCCGAAGCAGCGCUGACGUCAGGGGUUAACCUGCUUGCGGAGAAGAUGCUCGAAGCUGCGGAAGCUUCCGAGCAGCUUCCCGCCCCCGGCGGCGCCGUCCCGGCCGCGGACGCAAGCGCGGGCGCCGAGUCGCGGCGGGACGCGCUGGACGCCUGCCGCCGGCGCGCGCGCGGCGCGGUGGCGGCGCUGCAGGCUGCGGUGAGCCGGGCCGCGGCGGAGGGCGCGGGCGCGGCCUCACCCGGCCCCGCAGCCCUCAGCAGCAUCCACCUGGCGCGGUUCGCGCCCCGCGAUGACGUCACCCGCCUGGCGGCCGCGCUGGCUGGCGCGCUCCAGGCGACGCCAGCCGGUGGGGCCGGCCGGCAGACGCAGGCGGCGGCGGCGGAGCGGCGGGGGAAGCGGCGCCGAGAGGGGCUCGGUUCCGGCGCAGUCGCGGGGGCGGCUGUGUUGCCACUGUGGGUUGGGGAUGUGAUUGUGGCUGUGCUGCCCUUGCUGCUCGGGGCUGCUGCCGCGGCACCAUAUCAUCAUCAUUCUCAGCAGCAGCAGCACGAGCAGCAGCAGCAGCAGCAGCAGCAGCAGCAGCAGCAACAGCAGCACCAGCAAGAGGCGGCAGCCGCGCAGGCGCUCUUCGAAGCCUGCCAGGGCCUGUUCCUCUCAAACCCCUCCCCCGCCCUCGAAACAUGCCUUGCCGCCGCGCUGGCAACGCCCGCCACGCGGCUCGCGCGGCUAGCAGACCCUCAGCUC